AUGGCUAACCGCGUAGCUAACUCCGAAGAGCAGCACCUAAAGUCGGAACCAACUCCGCCGCUGCGAUUUGAAUCCUUCACCAAGGUGAUCUACGUGAUCGAGAAGAUCAGCGGAAUCGUACCCUACGAUGAGCUGCAGCAGCCAAAGCACUUUUGCAGUUCUGUUUUCACCUGGCUUUACUUCUGGGCCACGUACAUUCACCUCGUGCUGUCCAUUCUGAUGCAGUUUGCUUUUUUUGUGGAAUCCGUUCAGAAGAAAGUUCCGAUGACCUAUCUGAUGGUGAUGGUCACGUGCAUGGGAUUCUUGCUGGUUUCGAUCGUUAAAAUGAGUGUGUAUAAAUUAUACGAAAAUCAGCUGAACGAGAUUUUGGACCAGCUCAAGUCGCUCUAUCCGGAUCACGUCGAUGCCAAAUCGGCUGAAGAGUGUCGUAAAAGGUUGUGGUUCCUGAAACUAUUCUCAGUGGGGUACUUCGUGGUGGUUGUCGUGUUUCAAGCAAUUCUGUACGUAACUUCUAUUUGGAAGUACUUCUCCACUGGAUACUGGGAAAAGCUGCUACCAUACAAUCUAUGGUACUGGUACGAUUGGCGCCAACCUGUAGUUUUCGAGCUGACCUUCCUGCAUCAGCUGUGGGGUUCGACGACUUCCGUGUCGUGUGUCAUCCUGCUCGACUCCUUGUACUGCAUCAUAAUCCUCCUGAUCUCGAUGCAAUUCGAACUGCUCGGAAAGCGACUGCUAGCGAACGAAGGGAACGCCCAGGAGUUGAACAGCUGCAUCGAGCAGCACCUGCAGUUGGUCGAGCUGUGUGAGCGAUUCGAGCGGAUCUACUCGCCCUCGCUGCUGGUGACGUUCCUGGGAAGUUCGGCCAUCAUCUGCUUCUCGCUGUUUGUGACGCUGAUUGUGGAUGACGCUGCGGAAUCGAUUCGAUUCUCGAUUCUUCUGUCGGUCUACGUGAUGAACAUCUACCUGCUUUGCUACUACGGAAGCAUGCUGAUGGAGAAGAGUUCCAACGUAGCGCAACAUGUGUUCAAUGGGCAUUGGUACAAAAUGAGCAAGAAGGCCCGGAAAAUGUGUCUCAUGAUUCUCAUCAGAGGUCAGCGUGAGCAGAAAAUGACGGCGUUAAAAUUUCAGAUCGUUUCAUUGCCGUGUUUCACCAGGAUUCUGAGCACGGCAUUUUCGUACUUCACCUUGUUGAAGGCAGUUCAUGAAAAAUUUUGA